AGAAUUAAGGGUUUGUUGUUUGAAAGAUUAAGAAUUUCAAUGUAAAUCGAUAAGGCAAAAAGUAUUUUGAUAUAUAGAAAUUCGUUGCGAAAUUUUCCAACGUGUGACAAAAAGGAGCGGAACGUAACCUAAAUUUGUAAUUGACGUUUUAUCAUUUCUUACAAUUAUCCUAUUAAAUAUAGUUGUGCGAAAUGGAUAAAUCGAUCUUAAUGCAAAAGCAGGUGAAGGAUAAUGCGGAAGAUUUACAGAAAGAAUUUCUUGACAUGAAAAAUUGGGAGCAACAAAUGAGAUGUAAAGAUGAGCAGUUACGGAAAGAAAAAUGUGGUCAGAUCACUUUACCACCAAUUAGAAGUAAACAUAAAAAUAAAACCAAAAAUGCCUCCACAAAGAAAGAUCAAGGCGACGCUAAAUCGAAAAGGAUCAAAUCGCACGAUUAUUCUGCUUGGGAGAAAUUUGACGUAGAUAAAGAAUGCAGAAAAAUAGAUAAUAGCGAACGAUCGGAUGAUUCCGAAGAUGAACACAUGUCUAAAGAAGAAUUAGAGAAAGCGCAUCAAAAAGCAACAGAACAUAAAAGCAAAGGCAACAUUUUGGUGCAACAACAGAAAUGGUCCGAAGCAAUCGGCUGUUAUACAGAGGCUAUAAAACUAUUUCCAUAUGACGCAGUAUUUUACGCAAAUCGUGCACUCUGUCAGUUAAAACUAGACAAUUUUUAUUCCGCUGAAUCUGAUUGUUCCGCCGCAGUUCAAUUAGACGAGAGUUACGUAAAAGCUUAUCACAGAAGAGCAACAGCUAGAAUGAAUCUAAAACAAUAUAAAGAAGCUAAACAUGAUUUAGAAAAAGUUUUGAAAUUAGAACCUUCUAAUAAGGAAGCGAAAUUGUUGCUAAAUCAAAUCGAAAACAAGAUUAAAUGUUCAGAGACAAGUACUAUAGCGAAGGAAGGUACAAAAAUGUCAACGAUCGAGAAAAAAGAUAUUAAAAAGACUACGAUUGAAGAAAAGAUUGCUGAAAAAACGUGGAAUAAUACUGCAUCGAAUGUACAAACAACAAAAACCAAGAAUAUAAUAAACACUAAAAAUAUGGAGAAGAGUAAAUAUAAUAAAAGUGUUGUAAAUAUUAAAGAUAGUACAGAGAAUGGAAAAGAUAAUGUGACCGAUACUAAUGUGAAAAGGGAUCCACGUAUACCAGAUUGGUUACCAGAGAAAGACGAAGUCAUUGUAAUAGAACCGAUAGAGAAGCCUCCUCAUUUACGUUCAAAGAAAUCAUUGACGAAAAUACCUAUCCAAGAAGUGGAAUUUGGUAUCGAGCAGUAUAAGUAUACUAAUGACAAAACUGUACAUAAAAAAGAUGAUCCUGUACAAACAAAAGAAGAUCAUAAAGGUCCCGUGCAGAAAGUGGAACCGCAUAAUGUUGUGAAAGAUAAUACUUGUAUCAAAGUUUCUGAACCUUCGGAGGAUAUUAGUAGUAUUAUACCUCCAAUUCCGAAAACAGCUGUACAGUUUUUAAUGAAUUGGAAAAGAAAUAAUUCACCAGAAUUUAGAUAUAAGUAUUUGAAGCAAUUAUCAGAGGUUAGUUUACCGAAAAUAUUUCAAGAUUCAAUGGAAUCGGAUAUUUUUAGCCAAAUAAUCGAAAUUUUGAGAACGGAAUUCGUAGGAAGGAAAAAUCAGGUAUUCUACUACUUAAAAGAUCUCAGUCGAGUUAAGCGAUUUAGAGCUCUCAUCAUGUUUACUAGUAACAGUGACAAAGAAAACUUAAAAAUGUUGUUUGAAUAUUGCAAAACGGUCGAAAACGUGUCUGAGGAUAAAAUUUCAGCUCUACAAGAUAAAUAUGAAAUGUAGAAAUAAAUGCAUAGUGAUAUGCGGGUAUAAAAAUA